AUGGCACGGCUGCACGCGGGGCAGUAUCACCAGCAGCAGCAGCAGCAGCAGCAACAGCAGCAGCAGCAGCAGCAGCAACAGCAGCAGCAGCAGCAGCAGCAGCAGGCGCAGCUGCAGCAGGCGCAGCAGCAGCAACAGCAGCAGCAGCAGCAGCUUGCGGCGCUGGCGCGGCUUCACCCAAAUGCUGCGGAGCAGCUGGCACUCCAGCUGGGCAGCCUGCAGCUGCAGCGCAUCCAGCAGAUGCAGCAGGUGCAGCAGAGUCAACAACUGCAGGCCGCCGUGCAGCAGGUGCAGCAUCAGGCGCAGCAGGCACAGCAGCAGCAGCAGCAACAGCAGCAGCAGCAGCAGCAGCAGCAACGGCACCAGCAGCAGCAGCAGCAGCAACAGGGGCCACCCCAGCUGUCCGCCGAGGACGUGCUGCGGUCGCUCUUCGCGCCUGCGCCGCAGGCGCCACCAGGACCCGCGCGCCACCCUCCGCCGCCGCAGCUGCCCCCGCUGCGGUGCGAUCUGGGGGUUCUUGACCUGGAGCUGCGGCAGCUGGCGGCCUCCCUCGUGCCACCAGAGGAGGAGGUCGCGCGGCACAGGUCCGCGUUCCAGGGGCUGUCGUCGCUGCUGCGCGCCCGCUGGCCGGGCUGCGGCGUGUCUGUGUUUGGCAGCGCCGCCAAUGCCCUGGGCAUAAGGGACAACAACGACAUCGACGUCUCCCUGUCCCUGCCCGGCCUGGAGGAUACGCGAGAGGCAAAGGGCGAGGUGGUUGAGGAGCUGGAGCGGCUGCUGUCCGGGGCGGCGGACGUGGUGGGGGACGUGUUUGCCAUCCCGCGCGCGCGCAUCCCCGUCAUCAAGUUCCUCUGGAAGCCGACAGGCACCAAG